AAGCCAGAAAGAAAAUAGGGGUUUGCGGAGGAAACUACAACUACUGGAACUGAAGGUGACACGGGAGCGCGCAGAGAAGACAAUACGAGAGCGCGUCGUCGCCAGUCGUCCCAGUAGUGUCAAGAUCGUCGACCGAUACAGAGGAAUGGCAAGAGGUGAAGGAUAUCUCACUGGAAGCCACAGGAACUUUGUGAAGCCAGCGGGCCACAAUACAUGGAGAAAUGACGAACCCAUAGCUGUAGAUGAAGGGAGUGGAACCUCAACCCAGCACGUUAUCGUAAUAGAGUCUGCAGAUGCAGAGACUGCAGGCCCUGGGGUCAAGCAGGAGAGAUCUGAAGGAGAGGAGAACCCACGGCACAGCAGAGACAUCCAGACUGGACCAGCUGGAGCGCCCUAUGAAGCCACAGAGGACCCCACCACCGCUGCAUCUCAGCCCAYGACCCGACGCAGCAUCAUGGAGGUCAGUGGAAGGCCGGACGCCGUCCUCAAUUCAGAGGCAGACACCAAGACUUUAACUGUAACACACAGGCUCUUAGACACAGGAUCUGAACAAAUAUCAGACUCAGAGAGACUGGGGCAGGGGCCACUGGGCUGUCCUCCUGUUCCCGGCUCAGAGUACUUACCGGUAUUUCACCAGAGCCAGAGGCCUGUUAAUUCCUGUGGGGAUGGUGACAUGUUAGACACUGGUGGUGAUGAUGAUCCGUCUUGUUCUUACACUACAGAGAUGGACCCUGGCAACAUAUCCUUGGGUUUAGAGAGACAGACUGAUCUGUUUAGAGGGGAAUGGAACCGGUAUAGUAGUAGUGUAUACUCUGAAGGGUGCCAAGAUAAGAAAGAGGAGGUUAUAGUCGUGGAUGAGGUGAAAGUGGAGGGCGACACCCCUCUGCCAUGGAAUGUAGACGAGACUCACUUAGGGGAAGGACACUCACAGGGCAACACCAGUGACUUCUUAGACUACAGGGAAAGCUUAGAGACAAAUCCAAAUGUUACGACCCACUCCCCUUUACACGUGUUCAGGGAUCGCGAUCCAGUGUCUACGUUAAUGGCACCUUCCGAUUCACACGGCCGUGUCUUUUUCAAUCAGGCAUUGAACUCAAAUGACAGGGCUAGAGCCCAGGCUCGGGGAGGGGGAGCAAUAUCAGGCGGUAGUAAAGAAAAACGGUUCCCCUGCAUGUUCUGUAGCAAAGGCUUCAGCUGCUCCCAGAAGGUGGAGAUCCACCAGAGGAUCCACACAGGGGAGAAACCCUACAGCUGUACCCAGUGUCACAUGRGCUUCACCCAGGCAGGUGACCUGAAGAGGCAUCAGAGGGUCCACACAGGGGAGAAACCUUACAGCUGCCCCCAUUGUGAGAAGAGGUUCUCCCGCCACCACCAUUUGAAGAUGCACUUGAAAGUCCACACGGGAGAGACGCCGUUUGUCUGAACGCACUGCUGGUAGAGGUUCUCAGAAAGUAGCUACCUCGGUAUACACCAGCAGAAAAGACAUUCCACUCUAUAACAUAGCUUCUGACUUUUAAAUCAAACCCUGCAUUAAAGAACAAAUUAAUAAUUCUUUGUUGUCUGCAGAAAAGACCCACAGAUGCAUUUGUAAUAACGAGAGUAACAGAUUUCAGUGUUUAAUAUUCCUGGGUAGAAUAUUGCAUCCAGACAUUGUGUGAUAUAUGGAAAUGUGUGAGCUGAAAAAGUCUGUUAAAAGUCUGUGUUUGUACUGUGUAGGCUAUAUGAUGUUCACAAAUGACUAUUUCAUUACUUCCAUUCAACUACUUAAUUUUUUCCCAAAGACUCUUUUUAAAGAGAAAAUGUAUGCAGUUUAUCAAGUAAAUGCUGAUUUUUAGUUGAGACAUUUGUAUGUCUGGUUUACAUAUGGUGUAUUUAAAAGGUUUUUGUUUAAUAAACACAAAAUGGGACAUUA